AUCUAUUAUUGAAAGAGCUUAGACAGAUUGAGAACAGUGUUCUGUUUCUCCGAGGGCAAAGAACGGUUUACCACUCCAAAUCCCAUUUUUAUCCCCGCACUAGGAGAGAGAGAGAGAGAGAGAGAGAGAGAGAGGAGAGAGAAAGUAAGAGAUAGGAGAAAGAAAAUCCAAAUCGAUGUUCAUGUCCGCUGUUGUUAUUUCGACUUGGAAUGGUUGAAUCUGUAGCUAACAUUUUUCAUGCAUUUCUUGGCGAUUCUGAAGCUGCGAUCUUCUAACGAAUGCUCCAAACCUAGACCGAUCGCUUGAUGCAGUGAUUCGAUUUUAGCUGAUUUGGCGGUAUAUUUGGCCGUUGAUUGGUCCGUUGAAAAAUGAACAACGGUGGCGAUGGAGAGGUCGCGGCAGCUCCGGCGGGCCCACCGCCGCCGCUCGAGUGGAAAUUCUCUCAGGUCUUCGGCGAACGGACGGCCGGUGAAGAAGUUCAAGAAGUUGAUAUCAUUUCUGCAAUUGAAUUUGAUAAAACCGGUGAUCAUCUUGCUACUGGUGACCGUGGUGGCAGGGUGGUUUUAUUUGAAAGGACUGAUACAAAGGAUCAUGGUGGGAGUCGACGGGAUCUGGAGAUGAUUGAUUAUCCAAUUAGUAGACAUCCAGAGUUCCGUUAUAAAACUGAGUUUCAGAGCCACGAACCUGAGUUUGAUUAUCUCAAGAGCUUGGAGAUUGAGGAGAAAAUCAACAAGAUCAGAUGGUGCCAAACAGCUAAUGGCGCCCUAUUUCUUCUAUCUACUAAUGAUAAAACCAUAAAAUUCUGGAAGGUCCAAGAAAAGAAGGUCAAGAAAAUAUCUGACAUGAACAUUGACCCUUCCAAAGCUGUUGGAAAUGGAGCUAGUGCCAAUUCAAGUGUCUCUUCUAGCCCUAGACCAUAUGUUGCCAAUGGAGGAUAUUCAGAUAGAUCUUCCAGUUAUUCGAGCAAUGACUUUUCAUUCCCAGCAGAGGGUGUUCAAUCGCUACGCUUACCCGUGGUAGUAACUAGUCAAGAGACCAGCCUCAUGGCCAGAUGUAGAAGGGUAUAUGCUCAUGCACAUGACUACCAUAUCAAUUCAAUUUCAAAUAACAGUGAUGGAGAAACGUUUAUAUCAGCUGAUGACCUGCGAAUAAACCUUUGGAAUUUGGAAAUUAGCAAUCAGAGCUUUAAUAUUGUUGACGUGAAGCCUGCAAACAUGGAGGAUCUAACUGAGGUGAUAACGUCAGCGGAGUUUCAUCCUACUCAUUGUAACACGCUAGCAUAUAGUAGUUCAAAAGGAUCGAUCCGUCUUAUUGAUUUGCGGCAAUCAGCUUUGUGUGAUACACAUUCUAAAUUGUUUGAGGAACCAGAGGCACCUGCUUCAAGAUCUUUUUUUACCGAGAUAAUAGCCUCAAUUUCAGAUAUUAAAUUUGGGAAGGAAGGAAGAUAUAUACUUAGUCGUGAUUACAUGACUCUUAAGUUAUGGGACAUUAAUAUGGAUUCGGGUCCAGUUUCUACCUUCCAGGUUCAUGAGUAUUUAAGACCAAAGCUAUGUGAUUUAUAUGAAAAUGAUUCCAUCUUUGAUAAAUUUGAGUGUUGCUUGAGUGGGGAUGGUCGGCGACUGGCAACAGGUUCUUACAGCAAUCUAUUCCGUGUGUUCGGUUGUGAUGCGGGCAGUACUGAAGCAACCACUUUGGAAGCUAGUAAAAAUCCCAUGAGGAGACAAGUUCAGACUCCUUCGAGGCCUACCAGAUCCCUGAGCAGUAUAACACGUGUUGUAAGACGAGGAGCAGAAAGCCAAACAGUCGAUGCCAAUGGGAAUUCUUUUGAUUUCACAACAAAAUUGCUCCACCUAGCUUGGCACCCAACUGAAAACUCAAUUGCCUGUGCUGCUGCAAACAGCCUGUACAUGUACUAUGCAUAAAGACGGUCCAGGAAGAAAAUGUAUUGUUACUCGGUUAUCGUUUUUGGAUUGCUGUUGGAGAAGGCUUGUUUCUGCUUCCCACCAACCACUGACUUGAACACCAUUUCUUAAAAUCUGAAGUGCCUCAUAGAUCUGUAGCACGGGAUUUUACUAUCGAUGACAAGAAACGGCUGUCUCAGAAUCCACAGGGAAGCAACUUGUGUUCGUUCCUCGGCAGUCAGCUUGCUUUCUUCUCCCCAGUUCCUCUUCACCAGCUAUUUCUUUUAUUUUUUCACCCAUUCUUGUCAAAAGAUGGGGCUCUUUUCUUCUUGUGUUGGGUUGAAGUUGGGAAAAGAAAAUGUGAUUGUAGCUCUCCUACAACCAAUACUAAGGGAUGUCCAAUAUUGCGACUAGUUUUACGGUAAAUGUAGCUUUUACUUGAAUCUUGUUGGAAAGGGUGCUGCAGCUAAAUUGCAGUGCAUCUGCCAUUAAAAUUCUUUUUUUUUUUUUCCUUUCUAGGAUGGUUGUAGACUGAUUUUUGUUAUUAUUUCCCCAAUUUUAGUAUUUUUUUUUCUUUCUUUUUUA